UCCCAGAAUUCCCUGCAUUUUCCCUCCCUUCCUCUUCUCUGGCUUUACUGGUUAGGGUUUCAAAGCGCUCUUCUUCAUCUGCAUCUGAAUUCCCAGUUGAAUUUCAUGCGCAUCACUGUGAAAAAUUCAACAGCGCAGUUCAUUUCCUUGCAAUUCAAUAGAAAACCUAUUGAAUUUUAGAGAAAAUCGAACUAAAAUAGAGAGACGGAAGUGUACAUAUGUUAAUGGAGCUGCCAGGUAAGAAGAAAACUCGCGAUUUGCUCUCGCUUUAUACGAAGGAAUCCUCCUUCCAGCUCCAGGAUUCAAGACCCCAUGCUCAAGGAUUUUUGAUGAAGACGCACGACUUCCUGCAGCCGCUUGAAACGGCGGACGACGAGAAGACGCACAAAGGACCCACGCAGCGGACGACGCACGUGCUGCCGGGUGGGAUCGGCACGUACAGCAUCAGCCACGUGUCGAGCGGCGCCAGCUCCUUCGCAGUUGUGAAGCCGGAGUCCAACACGUGCGGGCCCGACGCCGCUUACGCUUUCCCGGUUUGGGACGCUGCGAAGGAACCCCGGCCCACUACAGGGCAGUGGCCGUCAACAUUCGCCGCCCUCAGCCCCCCGAGCUUCGGAUCACUUGCCUCAUCAAGGAACAGCGAAUUCCCCGAUAAGAAGCAACGAUUUAUGGAGUCUGCCUCGAGAUUCAGCAAGGGUUUCGAAGAGGACGACGACGACGAUGAGGAGUUCGGAAAGCGAGAAAGCUCUUCCCAUAAAGAUCUAACCGUGAAGAUUGAUGGGAAAACCGGCGAGCAGAAGGCUUGUACGCCACGGUCAAAGCAUUCUGCGACAGAGCAGCGUAGGAGAAGCAAAAUAAAUGAUAGGUUUCAAAUACUCAGAGGGCUUUUGCCAAACAGCGAUCAGAAAAGGGAUAAAGCUUCAUUUCUCCUGGAGGUUAUCGAAUACAUCCAGUUCUUACAGGAGAGGUUACAAAAAUAUGAGUCGAUGUACCCUGGAUGGAGUGAUGAAACAGCCAAACUAAUGCCUUGGGUAAAGGUCUAUUUUAGGUCAUUCUGGAAAAAUUCACGGAACAAUCACCAUGGCUCUGGCGAUGGCAUGAUUGAUCCUCAAGUGUUGAAGAAUGGUGCUUCUUCUGGAUUACUGAUGUCUGAUAGUAGCAUUCCAGUUGCACCAUCAAUUCUUUCGUCUUCUCAAAAUCCAACGGAAUCUGAUUUGAUUGCUGGUGUUUCUUACAAAGAAUUGGAAAACCCUAAUGGUUUUUCAAAUAAGGUUGCAGCUUCACCAGCUUCUUUGCAGCCAAACUUGUACCCUUCCAUAGGAAGAGGGACUGGUGAUGUUAGCCAUCCUCAGCAAAGAUUGAUUCCUGAAACAGUUUUCACAGGAUCCCAGUCUGAGUGGUUGAGAUCCUCAUUCCCUACUGGUUGUAAUGUCAGCAAUGAUGAAAUAAAUGCACAGGAGUUGACAAUCGAUGAGGGCACAAUUAGUGUGUCUUCUGAAUAUUCUCAAGGGCUUUUAAAUACUCUUAGCCAAGCUUUACAGAAUUCAGGCAUAGAUCUUUCACAAGCUAGCAUUUCUGUACAUAUUAACUUGGGGAGGAGAGCAAGUGUUAGCAGACGUAAUGCUUCAAGUAUGGCUGCUCCAAAGGAACAGGAUGAGCCAUUAUCUAGCAACCUUGUAAUGAACUCUACUAGGUCAGGGAACAGGAGCGAUGAAUCAGAGCAAGCAACAAAAAAACACAAAUUAGAUCAUCAUAACUAAAUGCUAACUCGAUACCGAGUUAUGUACAUGCUGCUCUACCUGUGUGGUUGAUUAUACCAAACCCAAGGCACGAGCAUUCUUUCAUUUGUCCUUUUUUAACUCUUCUCUAAAAGGACAUUACAGUACAAAAGCUCAGAAGCUGCUUUUUGUAUCAUACUUCUUCCAUUCAUAUAUAUAUAUUAGAAGAUUCACUUCUUUGUUAUAAUGUAUUCCAUUGUUGUAUGCUUUCUUCUGUAUUUAUUGGGCUGUAAUUUGUGGUUAGGAGGGUAAUCAUAUAAGUCUCUUUCUCUCUGACUGUAAAAUGAUUGUUUUGUUUGCUUAGUUUUUGUAAGAGUGGUUGAACUUUUUUGGUUGAAGAACUCAUUGCUCCAAAAGCAAAAUUCAUUUUUUUCUGACGCAAAA